UAGUGGGAACUUUUAUCGAGACUGGAGUCGGCUACCAAUCGUCCAUAUCCACAACAACAACGUGUCGCGUAAUUAUUUUCCCCUCUUGUUUAUAAAAUUCAACGCAUUAAAUUGUAAAUACACCGCUCACUACUGCACAUCAAAAAAUACGCAGAUUGCGUUGGAAAAGUGUAACAACAACAGCAACACAAAUUAAGCAACGAACGGGAAAAUUUUUCAUCGAACGGGCAGUGAAAAGCUAUUAAUUAGGCAAAAUAAGCAAUCGAAGUACAAAUUAAACCCCCGAAAAAACACCGCCAUCUAUUUACUAAGUGCAAAGUUUGCCAAAUUCUCACUAGACAUUACGGUUGCUACACUCGGAAUAACAAACAAGUAUUACAGGAAGGUGUGGAGGUCAACAGGAAUAGACCAAAAUUGUAAUGGCUGCCAAUAACUUGCGACAAAUCCCGUUGACUUGCAGCGGUCAUACGCGACCCGUGGUUCACCUGGAUUUCAGCGACAUCUGCGACAGCGGCUACUUUCUCAUCUCGGCGUGCAAAGAUGGCAGCCCGAUGCUGCGGCACGGCGACACCGGCGAUUGGGUGGGCACCUUCGAGGGACACAAGGGCGCCGUGUGGAACGCCACUCUCAACCGGAAUGCCACUUUGGCCGCCUCCGGAGCGGCGGACUUCACCGGCAAGGUGUGGAAUGCGGUGACCGGCGCCGAGAUACACAGCUUCCAACACAAGCACAUCGUGAAGAGCGUGGCCUUCGAUAUGGAUUCCGAGAAUAUCGUCACCGGCAGCAACGAGAAGCUGGUGAGGGUCUUCAACCUGGAGCAGCCGGAGGCCCAACCGGAGGAGUACGCCGGACACACGGGUGCCAUCAAGCGGGCGCUCUUCUGCCGCGGCGACAAGUGCAUCAUCUCGGCGGCCGAGGACAAGACGGUUCGGCUGUGGGACCGCAUGACGGGCAUUGAGGUGCAGCGCCUGCAGUUCAACAGCAACCCGAACAGCCUGGAAAUCUCCAGCGACAAUCACAUCCUGACCAUUGCCCAUGGCUCCUCGAUCAGUUUCUGGGAGAUCGACACGCUGAAGAAGCUGAAGGAGGUGAAAGUGCCGACGAACGUGGCGUCGGCCAGUUUGCAUCCGGAUAAACAUGUCUUCGUUUGCGGUGGCGAGGACUUCAAGAUGUACAAAUUCGAUUACAUCACAGGAAAUGAAAUUGAAUCCUUCAAGGGACACUUCGGACCCGUGCACAGCGUGAAAUUCAGCCCAGAUGGCGAGCUCUACGCCAGCGGUUCCGAGGACGGAACUCUCCGGUUGUGGCAGACCACCGUGGGCAAGACCUACGGCCUCUGGAAGUGCACGGAGCCCACGGACCUGGGCAAUUCCAUCAGCUCGCCGCGCGAGGUCCAAGCGAACUGAUGUUGGCGCAGCAGGAGUCGCUGCUACACAGCCCACGCUGCAUCGGCGACGCAACGCAAGGGCACGUGAUUCGGAGCUACGGCUGAGAUCCAAUUAUCAAAAGAACAACUCGUAAUGUGGGUUACAAUAACGAUUCUUCAUAUUCCAACGCUGAACUCUCUCAUUGGCAUUAAAUGAUAAUCACACACAAAACUACAUUGUGAAAUGCAAUAGAAAUAAAUAACUUAAGUGUCGCUUUUGUGACGUGAAUGGA